AGAUUCCAGAAGCAGAUGGCCCGUUCGCACUGAAGAAGAUAAAUAAGGAUAGGCAGGACGAUCUGAACUUCAAAAAUGAGAAGAUGAUGUUGGAAAAGUUCAACGGAAGCAUUCAUCCUCAUAUCAUCACUGUCCUAUCGACAUUCAAGUACAGGGGAAAGUACCAUCUCUUGUUUCCUUGGGCCGAGUGUGACCUACAGCAAUACUGGAAUACCAGACCUGAAGCCCCACCAAAAGACCGUGGCAACUUGCUGUGGAUCUCUGAACAAUGUCACCAGAUCAUGGAGGCAGUCCAUAAGAUCCAUGAACCGCCCUCCUUAGGCACACUGAACGUCGAAGAAGAACGUUGGGGUAGACAUGGAGACAUCAAAGCCGAAAAUAUACUCGUCUUCAAGUCUCCAAAGGGCAAGUACAUUCUCGUCAUCUCGGAUCUUGGACUUGGCGCCCUUCACCGACAAAUAAGCCGGUCAAACGUGCCGAACCAAUCUCUCCCGACAACCCCUGCCUUUAGGCCACCCGAGUGUGACAUGAAAGACGGUAAGAUAAGUCGAGCUUUCGAUGUGUGGACCCUCGGCUGUCUGUUUUUGGACAUGAUAAUCUGGUAUCUGGGUGGUGAACCACUGAGGAAGCAGUUCGAAAAAGCCAGGAUGACGCGGUAUAUCAAUGAUGAAGAGACAGACAUAUAUUUCGAUAUCGGCAAAGAUAAGAAUGGCGAGACGGCGUUCAGAGUAAAACUAGAAGUGACGAAGUGGCUAGCCGAAAUGCAUUGCCACAAGGCAUGUUCCCAAUACCUGCACGAAUUUCUUGACCUCAUCGAAAGAAAAAUGCUCGUUGUGGAGACGAAAAAGGACAAGCGGGCAAAAGCAGGAUAUCUGGCGCAAGAGAUGAGAGACAUGCACAGAAAAUGCAAGACUGACUUAGACUAUGGGCUCAAAGAGGUGCCGAAGCCAUCUCUUGUCACUAGAGAGCCUCUGGUCGUGACAGAACAUCUGGCCCCAACGGCUCAAGAGAGCGUCAGAAAACACAAUGUCACAUUGAGCAGAUGGGCCGGCGAGCCGCAGCAGGCAGAACACAGUCACGAUGAUAAUGAGGAUUAGAAGGCCGACGUUAGGCUUCUGGUAUUUUUUGUCGAGUUUGGAUACCAUGCAUUUAUGUCGGUUUCUUUCUCUUUCUUACCAUUUCUGUGAUACGCCUUUCCCCAGAAGUAGGUGGCGGCCCGGGUAUGAAAAGUACAUGAUGUUUUCCUUUUAGCUCUAUGCAGUUACGAAUCCUAUUGUUGUCAAAAAAACAAGUUGUCCCAGAAGAUUUCACAAAUUUUAUCUUCUCUGAUCAGGGCUUUCUCUAUGAGGUUGAAGUGUACUUAAUGCGGUUCUAGUCCAGUUUCAUCUGCCAACUCUGAUUUCAUCCUCAUAGUCAUAUUUCAAACUAAACAAAUGAAUAAAACUCU